CAUAACCGCUCCAACAGCACCAGCAACAUAGCGCGCCUUCUUCUCAUUCCAACCACUCAAAUUCCCUGACUCAAGCGCAACACCCAAUCUCAAGCCUCACAUUUCCAUCCAUCCACCGCGCACCAUGCCUCCCAAGAACAUCCGCUCCUCGCGCCAGCCCGCUCCUGCGCCGAGCGUGCUAUCGACGUUUACGAGCCAGGAGAACAGGCCGAUCGUCACGGCCGUGGGGUUAUUCGCUAUCGGCGUUGCGUUCCUGCACAGCAGUUGGGCGGAGAUUCUUCUUCCCGCGUAAACCAUUCCAUGCUCUACCCGAAUAUCCAAGCCGCGACCGGGCAAAGAUAAACGGGAGAUGUACUUGGCAAACGAACGAGCGAGCUUAUGUAUGAUAUCGAAGACAGGGGAAUCGGAUUUCCAGGCUAGACACUUGAGACAAAAUGAAGACGGGAGUGCUGGGUGCCGGAUGUGAUGGCGCAAAUAACAUGGCGUUCUGGGCUGGUUUUGAUAUCUUAGGGUAUUGAGGCUGGGGGAAGAGUGGGAAGAAGAGUGUAUGAUAUGGUGUAUAGAUAUCUCAUCGCUG